CUCGUACCGGCGGUCUCUCGGCAAUGGUUCGUGGUUCUUCAGUCACCAAUAGACCCUCGCUGGUGCCGGUACCUGAUCCGACCGAGUACCACCGGUGUACCACUUCAAGGUCAGCCGUGAGCCAAGAAUAGUACCACCGCGGUGCACGAUACGCCGAGCUGUGAUAUAGUCGAAAAAUUAUUAUUCGUGUGCGAAUAUCCGCAACUCGGGCGAUCGACAGUCCGAUUUUUCGUAUGGUUUCGGUGGUUGAAAUUUUAUUUGUUGAGUGCAGUGGAUGUUUUAAGAGAGAUACAGUGCGUUUUGGGAUUUAAGCGGUUGCAGAUGGCUGUCAAGCUCGAGCUUGCUGGUGCCCGUCGAUAACUUCUGACAAAAGGUUAAACUGAUGGCUUCGCCGGUGCGUCAGGGCCGCUUUCUUCGGCGAACGGGACACCCCGAAAUCGCACAAUGAUGCCAGCGAGAUCGACGCCGAAUCUGAGAGAAAACGCUAAAAGCGCGCUGACCUACUCCUAUCAGCAGGACAAAUCGACCCUGAGCUACGUCGUCGCGACGCCGAACGAGACGCGCCCCACGAGAAAUGACGAUUCUCCACCGCCGGCGCCGCCCGUUCGAGAUUCAUCGAGUCUCAAGUCCAUCAAGUACGGGCCUGGGCACGAGAAGUUUCCAUCGUGGCCCGUCCCUGCGGCGGCUGAUACUCCACAAGCGCUCCGUAACCAAAAUAAUGGCGGUUCCCAUAGAUCAAAGUCAUGGACAGACCAUACAAAUUAUCCUAAAGAGAAGGUAGUACCAUACACGAGACCAUACAUGAAAAGACAACAUUCAGUAUAUACUCAGCAGAAACUCAAAACUGUGAUGGAGAGGUGCGAAAAAAUCCCGCCGGAAACGUUCGAAUCGCGCUACGACAAAGUGACCGACAGAAUAUUCCUGCCGAGCUUGGACAGCGACAGGAAGCUGCUGAGCGACAUGGAGUACAUCGUGCCAUCGCCGCCCGAAAGGGACCUAUCUUCCAAGCCGCAGCUCACCCAAUGCGAGCUCGAGGAAUACGCCAGGUCGUACCAGGAGCCCAAGUACUGCGACGACGUCGACUUGAAACCCAACCACGCGCUCACCGAGUCCGGCCUCGAAGAGUUCAUGGAAUACACGAGGAACUACGAGGAUUCGUUAUUCAGUUCGAUUGGCUCCAAGCAGGACGGGAGCAUCAUCACCCACUUGCACCAGAAGCAGGUUUCCUACGCCCAAUCGGAGGGAUACCACAGCUACGUGUCCAGCACGGAUUCCACUUCGACGCCGUUUCUGGACCGGUUGCGAAGAGACAGCGAAGCGGUGAUGGGAAGGCCUUUGUCCUCGAACACUUGGGACGAGCUGGCGCCUGAGGAUAUGCCCAGUUCGGGCAGGAGCGAGGGCAGGGACAGCGUGGUGACCACCAGUUCGGGAAGUGCUUCCUCCAGUGAGACAUUGAAAUGGCACGGUUCGAUGAGUGACGUUUCCGUGACGUCCCAUAGUAGUUCCCAUCACAAUUCCUCCAGCAGCUCUACCAGACAAUUGAUAGCACACAGUGCGAGGGUGCAAACGCCGCAAAGGCACCACUCGGAGAGCGUGUUGUACAUCAGCGGGGAGAAGGAAAACUCGUGGAAGGACAGAGAGAAUAGGAAUAAUAACGCGAAUAAAUUAAAGUUGUUUCCUGUGAAUACUUAUACGGUGCAAAGCGAGAACCAGUCCAGCAAUUCUAACAAUCGGUUAUCAAUUUCGUUACAAUCGGCUCUAUCAGUGGCGGACAGAAUUAGCGAAUUGGAGAAGCAGCAAAAAUACUCAUACUACCAUCCCGAGAAACGGCACAAGGUGCCUGAUCCCACGUUGAGAGCCAUCCAAAAGAAAGCUCUCCUCUCCUUCUACGAGCGACACAACAAUCCCAGCAACAAACUUUCCUGGAAAUCCGAACCGCAACUGACUCAAAACGCUCUAACGUUACCCCAACCCGUCGCCAAACUCAAGGUGCAUAAGGCUCAAGCGCCUUCAAGGAGAGCUUCAUCGGCAUCAGAUUACGCCUCCGGCGUCAAUUCGAAACGCAGCAGCCUGGCAUCGAGUUUAGAAUCAAAGACUGAAAACUACAAACCGAUUCCGCGACACCAGCACAGCAAUUCCUGCGGCAGCCUGUCGACGGACAUGCUGGGCCCGAUGAUACUGGGCCCCUCGAUUUCCGUGGACGAUUACAUCCCGGACCAACCUCCGGCGAGGCCGCCCAAAAAUCCCAACCUGAGGACCGCGUUUCCGGAUCUGUUCCAGGACCAGAGAAUCCCGAGCCCGGACCUGCCGCCGCCGUCGCCGCCUACCGUGUUGGAGAACGAAGUGUUUAACAGCGACGAGCCCCUUCCGCCGCCGCCGCCGGAAUGCGAGAACGGCUGGCAGGAGGAUUUCAGCGAGAGAUUGGCCGAAAACAGCACAGGUCACCAAGUUCCUGCUCCGCAAGUACAAAAAUCGCCUAAGAAGGAUGGGAAGAUGAUUCAUCAGACUGUCGGUCUCCCCGAGAGGCAUCCUAGGAAUAUGACGGGGAUGCGAUCAUCCAUCAAAACCAAAUCAUCAGAUCAAAUCAUCCAACAAGUUAACAGCAAGCCCUACGCCAACACUAAUCACAUAGAAGCAAAUAAGCCUGAGCAAAUUUUAGGAUUUCCUAAUCAAAGGGGAUACCAGGAGAGAUCCAGCGCACGGUAUCCGAACUCGCAGAAACUGACAAUGAACGGGAAUGUUAAUCAGAAAGUUAAUGGUAUGUCUGAUCAGUAUCGACCAGAACCGAUGAGAUCGCCUAGAUCAGAAACCAAACAUAUGGCCAUUCCUGCUGACACGCAUCGAGCCCACAGGGCUUCGAUCUCAGAAAGUCCUGGUAAAGAAGUUCCUCCGCCUUUGCAACCUAGACAAAUGAGGAUAAAUCAGUCUAUGAGGGCGAAAAUUUCCUACGAUCAUGUAGCUAAUUCGAUUGUGAAGUAUCCACCUGAUAAAGAAGUGUUCAGAGAACGUAGAUCUGCCUCAAUAAGCCAGUCGAAGGCGUCUUAUCUCACAACGCGCCGAGAUCGUGAUAGAAUAAUCCCGGAAUCGGAAACAGGUAGCUACAAGAGAACGAUGUCCCCCAACGGCCACGCUCUCCCCGCUGAAACAGUCAAUGGAUCUCAGAAAAUGAAUAGCAGAGAAACGAUAUGGCCGUCGCACAGGCCCGUCAAAAACAACAGCAUACUGAGGAGAGCCUCUAUGAACGAUAAGAACAUAGACAAAUGUGAUGACAAAGAAGACUUAAAGAAAUCGAUGGUUUUGCCGGACGUCCUUCCCGUUAACGUAAAACUAAUGGGGCCUAGAUCUCAAUACAACAGGCCGCCGCAAUUGAGCCUCGACAGCGAGAGCGUCAUUACACCAAAGUCUCCGGUAAAAUCGCCGCCUUCAUCGCCGCCAAAGAGUCCCUCCAGGACUUCUCCGUUUACUCCGCUACGAACGAUAUCCACGUCGAAUUUAGUGACUUCCACGUCGAUAGCAACCCUUCCCGCUGCCAGAUUUUCCAUUAGCUCAAUCGGUUCCACCAACAGUACAAGAACAUUACCAGCCACUUUACCCAAAACCAAUCAAAGUCCGAUUAAAGACGCUAAAGCCACCCCCACGCCUCCGGAUUCUCCUCGACGGUUAACGCCGCCCACGCCGAAAUCUCCACGAAGAGAUUCCCCGCCUAUCAAACCCUCCCUAUCGCCCAGUUCCACGACAAAACUAACCCCCGUAAAGACUUGUUCUCCUAGCCAUAGCACCCCCCUGACUCUACCUUCGUCUCCGCUCAGCGCGUCGUCGCCGUUCAGCACGGGCUCCUCCAUGAACGCCCACUCGACGCCAGAACCCGCUCAGAAAGUUACCGAAGCCGUGCGGAAUUCUUCGACGACGGACGCCGCCUCGCAAACCGAAAGGGACGACCUGCCGCCCACGCCUCUGCCCACGCGGAAGAAACUUAAAGAGGAAAUCGAAUGCGAGAAGCUGGCCGAAGAUCUAGUCGACCACCUGCCCAGCUCCGACAGGCUGAAAGGAUUGCUAGUUCCUCUACCCGAAUACAAGAAACCUAGUGAUUACGUGCAAGGCUUGUUCCGCGUCGACGCCACGAAGCCUAGAUCUCUGAAUUCGCCUUUUCGAAGUAAAUGUAACACGCCGAGCAGCUCGCCGCCGCCUUUGAUGGUGUCUGUUAGUUCCUCGACGCCUGCGAUGGGAUCCUUGCGGCUCAGCCUAACACCUACAUCCCCCACGCCUUCGAUACCCUCGUUAGAAACGCCGAGUCCUCUGUCUAGCUCGUCGAUGUAUUUCACCACAUCCGAAGCAAAGGCAAAGCUCCUCUCCAGGUACAGCCAGGAUGCGAGUAGUAGCUUCGUUAAAAAUACCAAAGAUCUGAGCGAGAAAAAGGAUGAGCUGGUCAGUCGUUUGGACAAAAAAUUGGAGGUCCUUCGAGGCGAGCAGUUACUGGUAAACGACGAGUGCAAAAUAAACGAUACACUCGGCGAAAACGUAGAAAUUCACAUCAACACGGUGGCCAGUCCGCAGGAGGUAGCCAAAUUUAGGCUUCACGUCGAAGAAGUGGGCAAAAUAACCAGUUUGUUGUUGAGCCUAUCUGGCCGGUUAGCUCGAGCCGAAAACGCCUUGAUGAACAUGGAAGACGAAGAUCCAGAAAAGAGGAUACUAGAAGGCAAGAGGGAUAAACUGCUAAACCAACUGGAAGAAGCGAAGGAAUUGAAGAACAGCAUCGACCGGAGGAGCGUCAACGUCUCGAACAUCCUGUACAAAUACUUGAAUUCCGAGGAGUUCGCCGAUUACGAUCACUUCAUCAACAUGAAGGCCAAGUUGCUGGUGGAAUCGAAGGAAAUCUCGGACAAAAUCAAGCUGGGAGAGGAGCAGCUGUCCGCUCUCAAGGAUAUCCUCGUGAUAACGGACUGAAUUAACCGCGCGUGUAUAUAUUUACGUAUUAAAAUGUUUAUUACGACUCUGAGGACCGACUGAUUUUGAGAUUAAAAAAUUUAUUGGAAUUGGAUUCGAUUGUAAAGUGUAAAAAGUUGGUUUUGUUACUGUUCGAGUUUUAUCGAAUGCCUAGUCCAGUGCUAUUUCACGUGGAAAACAUUGUUCGCUAUUACUAUUAAUUAGUAGUAUUGGAUUAUUUGAUGUAAUCUAAAAUGUUUGUUUGAUCAUUUUAUACAAAAUUCUUGUAUACUCACUGCUCGAUUAUUAUUUCUUCUGCAUCUACAAAAUUAGUCUGAUUAAAAUUACAGUUAUCCUGUAUUUGUGUACAUAUUUUUCUUGAAGCGUGUUUAGAUAAAAUGGUCAAACGAUACUUGAAUAUUAGGUUUUUCAAAUGUUCAACAACUAAUAUUUGAAAAGACCAUAUCGUAGGGUGUACCUCGCAACAUUCGUUAAAAGAGCUGCUUCUAAGAAUAGAAAUAUUGGUCGGCUUGUAAGCCCAUGGGUCAUCUCUUACCAUUUCGGGAAAUGGCUAAGACGGUGACGCCAUGGCGGAUUUAGGCUGUUUUUUUGUUAAGUUUAGAGGGUGAUCAGGAUCUUGGGCGGGGUGAUCUCUCGAGCUACGCGGGAAGAAUUUUAUUAGUUUCGAGAGAUGAUAUUUUGCCUAAAGACAAACUCGUCCCUGAACAAUUUUAAUGUGCAUUUUUUCAUGUUUAGUUAGCGUAAUUUAAGGCAAAAACGGACCAUCUUAUUAGGAAGGUUACUGUACACUUAAAGUAUUUAUUUUUUGUUUUUAUUCGUUAAUUUGCAAUGUAUAUGAAAACCUUUCUUAUAUUAUGGCGUUCCGUAACAUCUUCCUACCAAGUAUUUAAUUAAUAUUCAUAGUUGUUUAAAGUAGGUCGGAAAAUUGUUUAGAAUUUGACUUUUGUGAGUAAACGAACUUUGUGUAAAUAUAACGAAUAUACUGAAAAAGAAACGAAUAUUAUGGUGCUCUGGAAAUUGUAUUAUUUGUAUUGUCCAUAAGUUGUUACAUUGUGAUUUACUAGUUUCGAAACCAGUCGUAUGUGUUUUCUUACAUAUUUUUAAUUUAUCAAUUUAAGACCAUUUAAUUUGAAUAGACUAUUUCUGAGCUUUACGCAGUGCUUGCAAUAAAUAACCCAUCAUGAAUA